AUGGAUUUCAUGUGUAAAGCAGUGCAUGACGCCCUCGCUUGCCUGCGUGGGUCAUGCAUGAUAAUAUUAGAGAUGGAUUUGUGCAUUCGUAUUAUAAAAUUCUUUGUGUAUUUCUAUAUUCUCUACAUUGCGUUUCGGUCAGUAUAUUCCUUCACCAUGAAGUUCUUAAUCAUUUCCUUGGCUUUGCUUGCAACGUGCAUCGCUGCUCCUCAAGGAUAUAAUCUAGCAGCGCCCUCUGGAAGAGGAUUUUCCCAUGGCGUUCAAGGUGGAGGAGGUUCCUCCAGUGGCGGAGGCAGAGGAUUCUCUGGAGGAAGUGGAAUCUCCGGCGGUGGAGGUGGACUUUCCGCCAAUGGAGGAAGUGCAUUCUCCGCCGGUGGAGGGUCUUCAUCUGGACAAGGUUAUGGGGGCGGAGGUUCCGGGGGAGCCUGCAGAGAAGGCGAGAUCCUACACGUAGACGGAUCGUGCGUCGUUCCCAUCGUUACAAGAAAUGUGUUCGUUUACGAUGCUCCCGAACAGCCUCAAGGGGAAAGUGGACCUCCACCAAGUAUUCCACCGCCGAGGGUGGAUCACAAUAUCCUGUUCGUACGCAUUCCUGAAGAAGGCCCAGGACCCGAACCCAUCAUUGUUCCACCACCAAAACAGGAAAACAUUGUCUACGUUCUAAACAAGAGCGGAGGUGACGGAGGCCAGCGCGUGAUCGAGGUGACAGUUGCACCUCCUUCAAAUCCUGAGGUAUAUUUCGUCAACUACGAAGAGGGAGAAAAUCCCACUCUUCCUAUUGGAGUGGAUCUUCAGACUGCUCUCCAGGCAGCUGCUGAAGCCGGCGGUCAGGUUAUCGGAGGCUCCGGAGGUGCUGGGGGAGGAAUCGGUGGUGGCGCUGGAGGACUUGGAGGCGGUUCUGGUGGCGCCGGAGGAUUUGGAGGCGGUUCCGGUGGGGCCGGAGGAUUUGGAGGCGGUUCCGGUGGCGCUGGAGGAUUUGGAGGCGGUUCCGGAGGUGCUGGAGGAUUUGGAGGCGGUUCCGGUGGCGCCGGAGGAUUUGGAGGUGGAUUUGGUGGCAGCGGAAGUGGAGGUGCUGGUGGUCAUGGAAUUGGCGCUGGUGCUUUUGGCGGUAAUGGGGGUAGCGGAAGGGCUUCAGGCAGUGGUCUCUAUGGUCCUCCAUCUUAGAGUUUUUUUCGAAAUGGAGUUUUAUACCAAAAAAGGAGAUGGAAUGAGAUUUCAUCUAAUUUUAAUUCGUUUUGUUACCUGUUGCUUGUUUCUGUAAUGAUAAAUAAAAUG